AUGGCCUGCGAAUCGUGCAGGCUACAAACGCGGACGCUCCUCCGGGCAGCAAUUCGCGCGUCCGCCGUCAGAGCCGCCCCGGCAAGGACCCUGAACCUGUCGCGACCGACAAGCUCAUCACAUCCUGCACCCACACGAUGGUUCAGCAACACGCCCCAGAGAAGGAUACUGGGCAUGGGAACACUAGGCGAGUCGUAUCGCGUUCUCGGUGCCUCUGAAAAGCUGUACAAGAUUUGCGCGCAGCCCGCAGACUACCACAUUUCCGAGGAGGCACGCAACAACGACCAGGUCGAGAGGUUAGAAGACGGCGAGGAGUUGGGCACGCCCAUCGAUGCAGGGAACGUGUGGCACAAGACUUUCGGCCUCCAACCCAGCUUCAGCACCUGGUCCCACGUUACCAUGCUCCAUCUUUACCUCCUCCAAGCCCGCGUCCGCUGCUUCGAGCGCGACACCUUCCGCAACUGGCAGCAGCAGCUCGUCGACCAUUUCUUCUUUGACUGCGAAAAAAAGAUGCACCUCGACCACAACAUCACCUCGAGCGCUCUGCGCCAACGGUACCUGAAGGAUAUUUUCGUCCAGUGGCGCGGCCUGCUGCUUGCGUACGACGAAGGUCUCAUCAAGGGCGAUGCUAUCCUCGCGAGUGCCGUUUGGAGAAACUUGUUCAAGGGGGCGCCCGAGGUUGAUCCGAGGUCGCUGUGCGCGAUUGUCGGGUGGAUGAGGUCAAGUUUGGCGUCGCUGGAGGCGGCGAGUGACGUGGAUUUUCCGCAGAAGGCGGGCGAUAUUUUGGCAAGGCCGGUGGACGUGUUUUGGAGCCGGUUGGAGGAGCCGUUUAAGAAGGCGUUUGAAGGGGAAGCCAGGAAGAAGAAUGGGGAGUGA